AUGACUUUCGCAACACAAGAGUCAACCAGCCCGUACAACGGCGAAGCCUACAAUGUCGUCUCAUUCGACAAGUUAGACUACUGCGCAUCGCUCAACAACACCAGGGUACUAGAACAUGAGCCGAACUUCUCGUUUUACAGAGGCGACAUUACGAAUCCUUCCGAGGUCAUGGACUGUCUGGAGCGAUAUAAUAUCGACACCAUCUUUCACUUUGCCGCUCAAUCACAUGUCGAUCUGAGUUUUGGAAAUCCGUUCGGUUUCACUCAUACCAAUGUUUACGGUACCCAUGUUCUGCUCGAGAGCGCCCGAAAAGCGGGCAUCAAGCGCUUCAUCCACGUGUCUACCGAUGAAGUAUAUGGCGAGGUAAAGGAUGAUGAAGAUGAUCUUCUGGAGACGAGCAUUCUGGCACCCACUAACCCCUAUGCGGCCAGCAAAGCUGCUGCCGAGAUGCUGGUGAACUCUUACGAGAAGAGCUUUAAACUACCCGUCAUUAUAGUGAGGAGCAACAAUGUCUAUGGCCCUCACCAGUACCCGGAGAAAAUCAUUCCAAAGUUCACCUGCCUACUCGCCCGAGGAGAGCCCGUCGUCCUUCACGGAGACGGCUCGCCCACUCGUCGUUAUCUUUUUGCAGGCGACGCCGCCGACGCGUUCGAUACCAUUCUGCACAGAGGUCAGCUAGGGGAGAUCUAUAACGUUGGUUCUUACGAUGAAAUCAGCAACUUGUCGCUUUGCCACAAACUCCUAGCCGAGAUGGAGAUUAUCCCCUCUCGGUCUCCGUCAUCAUCACCUCCUUGCAACUAUACCACAUCCCCGCCCUCAUCGUCGCCUAUGGGGGCAGAACAAGAAGAGAUCCAUCGUUGGGUCAAGUACACUCACGACCGACCUUUCAACGAUCACCGGUUGGGAGCCGAAGACAACUUUUGAAGAGGGGCUCAGGGUCACUGUGGACUGGUACAGACGGUUUGGGGAAAGGUG